UUUCUCUUUCUGGGUGAAUAUAUAUUUUCUCUUUACCGUGGCGUGCAAAUAUCGGUUCCAAUCGCGUGAAUAUGUGAAAUAAAAGCACACAUUUGUGCGACUGAAGUCACCGUUGUCGUUGGUGAACUCCGGUGUCCGUUUCACUAACGAUAUUGUCCUCCGGACUGGAGCUGGUGCUCUUAAAAUGCCCCGGACCUUUUCACUGAUUCUUAACCGUACCCAGGCCGGUCCGCCACAGCGACCACGGGGACUGCUGGCGAACAAGACUUGCUUAAAUCCCCAAACGCCACACCGGUUCGAGAGGAAAAUCCAUUCCUUCUCCGUCUGUAUCACAGCGAACAAGGGGUCCCUGCAGUUUGAGGACAAAUGGGAUCUGAUGCGACCCAUUGUUCUCAAGCUGCUCAGACAGGAGGCCGUCACCAAGCAACAGUGGUUCGACUUGUUCUCUGACGUCCAUGCUGUGUGCUUAUGGGAUGACAAAGGACCAGCCAAGAUCCACCAAGCCCUCAAAGAGGACAUUCUAGACUUCAUCAAACAAGCACAAGCUCGGGUGCUGAGCCACCAGGAUGACACAGCGCUGCUGAAGGCUUACAUUGUAGAGUGGAGGAAGUUCUUCACCCAGUGUGACAUCCUGCCCAAACCCUUCUGUCAGCUGGAGAUCACACUCAUGGGCAAACAGGGUAGCAACAAGAAGGCAAACAUGGAGGACAGCAUUGUCCGCAAGCUGAUGCUGGACACGUGGAACGAGUCGAUCUUUUCCAACAUUAAGAGUCGCCUACAGGAUAGUGCCAUGAAGCUGGUACAUGCUGAGAGACUGGGCGAAGCCUUCGACUCCCAGCUGGUGAUAGGAGUACGAGAGUCAUAUGUAAACCUAUGCUCUAACCCGGAGGACAAGAUGCAAAUCUACAGGGAUAACUUUGAGAAAGCCUACCUGGACUCCACAGAGAGAUUCUACAGAACACAGGCACCAUCCUACCUGCAACAAAAUGGCGUACAGAACUACAUGAAAUAUGCAGAGACGAAGCUGAGAGAAGAAGAGAAGAGAGCACUUAGAUAUCUAGAGACACGUCGUGAAUGUAACUCUGUUCAAGCACUUAUGGAAUGUUGUGUGAAUGCUUUGGUGACCUCGUUCAAAGAGACCAUCUUAGCUGAAUGUCCGGGGAUGAUCAAACGCAACGAGACAGACAAGCUGCACCUCAUGUUUUCACUGAUGGACAAAGUUCCCAGUGGGAUUGAGCCAAUGCUGAAAGACCUGGAAGAACAUAUCCUCAAUGCUGGACUAGCAGAUAUGGUGGCUGCUGCCGAGACUAUCACUACUGACUCUGAGAAGUACGUGGACCAGUUGCUGACGUUGUUCAACCGCUUCAGUAAGCUGGUAAAGGAAGCCUUCCAGGAUGACCCUCGCUUCCUCACAGCGAGAGAUAAGGCUUACAAAACUGUUGUGAAUGAUGCCACAAUCUUCAAACUGGAGCUGCCUAUGAAACAGAAAGGUGUGGGUAUGAAGACUCAGCCAGAGUCAAAGUGUCCAGAGCUGCUGGCAAACUACUGCGACAUGCUGCUAAGGAAAACUCCUCUCAGCAAGAAACUCACCUCAGAGGAAAUUGAGCUCAAACUCAAAGAAGUGCUCUUAGUGUUGAAGUAUGUCCAGAACAAAGACGUAUUCAUGCGUUACCACAAAGCUCACCUGACCAGACGCCUGAUUCUGGACAUUUCAGCUGACAGCGAGAUUGAGGAGAACAUGGUGGAAUGGCUGAGAGAAGUAGGAAUGCCGGCAGAUUACGUGAAUAAACUGGCCCGGAUGUUCCAGGACAUCAAAGUAUCAGACGACCUGAAUCAGGUCUUCAAAGAGAUGCACAAACACAACAAGCUGGCACUGCCAGCUGACAGCGUGAACAUCAAGAUCCUGAACGCGGGAGCGUGGUCACGAAGCAGUGAGAAGGUUUUUGUCUCGCUCCCCACAGAACUGGAGGACCUGAUCCCUGAGGUGGAGGACUUCUACAAGAGGAACCACAGUGGCCGCAAACUUCACUGGCAUCACCUGAUGUCCAACGGCAUUAUCACCUUUAAAAACGAGGUGGGUCAGUACGACCUGGAGGUGACGACGUUCCAGCUCGCUGUGUUGUUCGCCUGGAACCAGAGACCCAGGGAGAGGAUCAGCUUUGAGAACCUCAAACUGGCUACAGAGCUGCCUGAUGCGGAGCUACGCCGCACACUCUGGUCGCUCGUUGCCUUCCCCAAACUGAAGAGACAGGUGUUGUCAUAUGAGCCUCCUGUGAACUCGCCCAAGGACUUCACAGACAGCACACUCUUCUAUGUCAACCAGGACUUCUCCCUCAUCAAAAACUCCAAAGUCCAGAAGCGGGGAAAGAUCAAUCUGAUUGGUCGACUGCAGCUAACCACUGAGCGGAUGAAGGAGGAGGAAAACGAAGGAAUCGUCCAGCUCAGAAUACUCAGGACUCAGGAGGCUAUCAUCCAAAUCAUGAAGAUGAGGAAGAGGAUCAGCAACGCCCAGCUUCAGACGGAGCUGGUGGAGAUCCUGAAGAACAUGUUCCUGCCUCAGAAGAAGAUGAUCAAGGAGCAGAUCGAGUGGCUCAUUGAACACAAGUACAUAAAGAGGGAUGAGACAGACAUCAACACCUUCCUCUACAUGGCCUAGGCAGCGAUUAGGGCUGUGAUUCAUGUUCUGUUUUUUACUCCUGACCUGCAACUGGCACUUAAAAAAGACUGCAAGACGAGAGUUGGUGAGGAAGUCUUCGAAGAAGAAGAAGAGAGGGAGAUGCUGAGGAGCGUGCGUGUGUUGAAGGACAAGACGGUGUGGUUAAUUUUUUUGUAUUUUUUGGGACACCAGUGUGUUAUUAAUUUCAAGACAUAGCAUUGAAUCAUUGGGCUGAGGUCUUCUCUGCUGCCCUCUUGUGUCAGGUCCUUGGAAAAGAACAAUUGUGUGUGCUGUCUGCCAGCAGUUCAGAAGAAAAUAAAUAGUGACACGGAAUCAACUACUUCCUGCCUUACUUUCAUCAGCAAUGGACUGCAGACGAAGAGGAGAAGCAGUUAGGAGGAAGAGGACAAAUCUUGCAAGCUGAUAUCAAUCCUUUGCUUUCCCUUGAUGCUACAGCUGUCAUAUUAGCGGCAGCCAUUUUGCAUCGCUACUGUUAUCUUACACUGAUCUUAAUGUUUGAACAAUGGAUGCAACAAGCUGCAAGUGAAACCUGCCAUUUAGGAGGAGUGGACAUAAUGGAGAGACUAGUUCAAACUACCGACGAGUAUUUUGCCAAAUUUUCUGAGUGUGC